UACAAAUUUCUAGAUUUCACUCUUCACUGUUUCACAAAACGUUAGAUUCAAUAUUCUAGGGUUUCUUCUUCUUCUUCGAAUCGAAAUCCAAAAUCCUAUUCGAAACUGAGAGAGAAUGCCUCAGAGGCACUCGAAGAACAACAACGACCUCGCGUUCUUCACGUACGACGAGAAGCGAAAGCUAGGGUACGGCACGCAGAGCGAGAGGCUCGGCAAGGACUCGAUCAAGCCCUUCGAUGCUUGUUCUCUCUGUCUCAAACCCUUCAUCGACCCCUUGUGUUGCCAAAAGGGCCAUGUCUUCUGCAAAGAAUGCAUCCUCGAAUGCCUCCUCUCUCAAAAGAAAGACAUCCAAAGGAGGCUAGCUGCUCAUGCUGUUCAGCAGAAGCAAGAGAAGGAAGAGGAAGAAGAGAAGUUAAUGUUGCAGAAGGCCAGAGAACUUGAUGCAUUUGAUCAGCAAAACCAUGGUGCAGUACCACAAUACAAUGAUAGAAACCAGAGCCAUGACAAGAAUGGCUUCCAUGGGGCAAAUAGUGUGAAGGUUACUUCAUAUGAAGAAGAAGCACUUCGGACAAUGAAGGCUUUUUGGCUGCCUUCUGCUACACCAGAAGCUCCUGUUAAAGUAGAGGCUCCCUCCGCCAGUACUGUCUGUCCAGAAGGCAAUGAGAAACUCAAGAUGAAGACUCUCUUCCCUAUCUACCUUACAGAAGACACUAGUGAGCAGAAGAAAUCCAAGGCUCUUGAUAAGACCUAUAUCUGCCCUAGCUGCAAGGUUACUUUGACCAACACAUUGUCGCUUGUGGUCCUUAGUUCUUGUGGGCAUGUCUUUUGCAAGAAGUGUGCUGAUAAGUUUAUGGUGGUUGAUAAAGUUUGUUUGGUCUGCAACAAAGGAUGUAAAGAGAGGAAUUUGGUGAAAUUGGAGAAAGGAGGGACAGGCUUUGCUGGCCAUGGAGAUCAUCUUCAAGCUACAUCCUUUAAGCAUUUGGGGAGUGGUUCAGGUUUGGGCCUGACCCGGCCUGCGGUGAAAACUUGAGCUCUUGGUUUUAGCUUGGUAAACUGUACCCAACUAUCCCUCACCCAAAAGAGCAAAAGGUGCAGCAAGUUUUUUCUGUUGAUUUGUUCCAUAUUUGACAACAUUAUCGUUGGCUCUUGAUCUGUUUGUCAUCUGUAUGUUUAUUGUAAGAUAUGAAUAUUAAUGCAUCA